AUGCAUUCAGAACUCAUGCCAGAUAGCCAGGUUGAUCUUUAUUCUAGCAUUGGGCCUUGUGUUCACGUUGACAAGGUGCUCGCUUCUCGAGCCAAGGAGAAUGUGCUUACGACUUACAGACAAGCAGUGAAGAUUGUCCUGCUCCGACCCCAUGGAUGUCGAGUUAUCCAGAAGAAGGACGGCUCUGAGAUUGCCGUUACAAAGUUAAUGGACCAUAAGUCCAGAGCACUUCGUUGCUCUGAUUGCCUUUCCAAUGGCUUUCAUCAAACAUUUGUAUGCUUACAAUGUCCUCAUGUUGGUUGUAUCAAUACAAAGCAUAACCACGCUCAUCGACACUACAAAUUGAGCCACCAUUCCUUUGCUAUUGAUGCACAUACUGGCCUACUUUUCUGCUUCCAGUGCGGAGAUUAUGUCAAUCACCAAGACUUGGAGCUGAUACGAACCAGACACAUCGAAGGCAUUCCCAAGCUGGAAUCGCUUAAAAUACCAGAAGGAUCCUCAGAUCCAGAUAUAAAAAAUAAUUAUACCAUUCCUCCGGUUGCUGCUGUGAGCGGACUCAAAGGAUUCGUCAAUCUUGGGUCCACAUGUUUCAUGAGUUGCAUUCUUCAAACAUUUAUUCACAAUCCAUUGGUUAAAUAUCAAUUUUUUAACAACGAUUUACACUACUUCAACUGUGACAGCAUGCAAGAAUAUCACAGUGCCAACCCAAAUGUGACAGAAAACAAUGCAUGUAUCACUUGCAGCAUAGAUGUCAUAUUCAGAAACUUUUACACAUCCACGAGCAUCGAAGGCUACGGAAUGACUAAUUUACUUAUGACAGCAUGGUACAAGAACAAGUCACUUGCAGGUUUCGAAGAACAAGAUGCUCACGAACUUUGGCAAUUUCUUCUUAAUGAACUCCACUCAGACCACGAACGGUCGCUCCAGCGAUCGUCUCAACAUGAAUCAGAGCAAAACAUGUGCCAAUGCAUCACUCAUUCGACUUUUUCCGGUACUCUUGCCAGUUCAAUUCAGUGCCAAAAUUGCCAAGAAACCACCGAAACUGUUGACCCAAUGAUCGAUCUUUCGUUGGAAAUAGGAAGAUUGAAAAACAAGCAAAAGACUGCAAACUUGUACGACUGUCUUGAUCGAUUUACCUCAUCGGAGAAAUUGGAUGUUAUGUACACAUGCCAUCAUUGCGGCGAAAAAUCUGAGGCAACGAAGAGCUUAAAGAUUAAAAAAUUGGCACCAGUAUUAUCGAUUCAACUUAAGCGAUUCGAACAUAAUAAAUCCAACGAUGGCUCUUCAAAAGUGGAGACACCAGUUAGCAUCCCAAUCUACUUGGACAUUUCAAAGUACACAUCUGAUGAAAAAGCGACAAAUAUUUAUGAGCUCUUCGCCGUUGUAUGCCAUGUUGGACUGGUAAAUACGGGCCACUACAUCGUCGUUGUUAAAGACGGCGAAGGUAGAUGGUUAAAAUUUGACGAUAGCGUCAUAUCAUUGAUUGCAGAAUCAGAAGUAAGUUCCAUGAAUGGAUACUUGUUGUUCUACAUUAGUCAUAAAAUUAUUUAG